AUUAUUUGGAAGUGUAUUAAUCAUAAAAAGAAAUAAUAAAGAGACUUUACACAGAGCGCAUAGCGAAGAAUAACAAGUGCAGAAGAUGAAUUAAAGAAAAACGAGUGCUAUUUAAAGACAAUUAUUACUUUUGUCCUUGAAACAACAUUAAUUUGCAACAGAGUGGUGACAAGUAAAGGUAGAAAAAAAAAAGAUCACGUCGUCGUACUAUUAGACAAUUCAAGUCGAACCAACCAGUUGGGAACGAAUUGAAACAAGAAAAAAUCACCUUUCCAACGUACCGACACACACACAUAGGCACGCGUGCAUACAACUGAAUUGAAUAAUUCAGAUACAUUACACACAAAUACAGAAAGACAACGGCAAAGCAAAGUGUUUUUGUAUUUCGUUGUAGGAAACGAGAGAAACAGACGGCGACAAAGGGGAAUAACCACCAAAACAACAGCAACAAAAGUGAAAAAUAAAGAAAAAAACGCGAAGCGAAACAAUAAUAAAAAACAUAUUGAAGUGAACUGACUGAACUUUUGUAAAUGUGUAUGUGUUUUUAUUUUUGUUGAUAACAAAGACAUUGAAAAAAAGAACAUUUUUUUUUUGUCGUGAACAAAUUGCAAGCAUUGCGUUGUUGUUUUCAUCAUCAAAUUUUCCGUCUGAAUUUUCAUACGGGGCCCCCACCUACGUUGCGUGAGCUUGAUUUCAGAACCCAAUGUUAUUUGCUUCCAAUAAAUACGAUGUACAAAUUAAUGAAAUCGGAAUGAAAAUCAUGGGGCAUUCCUGCCAUCCUGUCAACAGCCCGCUGCUAAAAUGUGGGACUUCUGCUAAAAAUAUUACCAACAUUAUCAACACUACAGCUGCUGCUAUUAUUACAACCACAACUAAUAGAAAUCGUUAUGUAUCCUGGCAACACCAACAACAGCAGAAUUUGGAGAACAACGUUGUACUGAGAGAUAUCAUUAAGGAUAACAACGACAAUCAUAAUUUGAGAGCCUUUGUCGUUCGAACCCCCAUCAAAAAGAAAUCUUCGAGACCUUUUGUUAACCGCCAACAACAGCCAGUGCUGCGUUUGCGACAAGGCUCUUUGUUUAAGAAAAAAGAUCAGCAGCAGCACCAACGCUUUUCCUUUCAUAAACGCUUCCUUGUUUGGCAUCUGAAUUCCGGUGCCAUAUGAUUGGAAACAACCACAGAAACAAACAAACCAAACAGCUUCUUAACUGCCUGGGCCCAAACAAAAUGUCGACGACAGCAUUGAAAGCCCAUCACACAGCCGCAAUGGCGCCAUCUUUUGAGCCGAAUAAUAGAAACGCCAGCAAAGCCGCCGCCAUGACAAUGUCAUCACUGGCUGCUGAUCUGUGUAAAGUAGCCACGGCGGCUGUACAAGCGCCUCCCAUGGAGGCAGCGGUCGUUGUUAAUAGUAUCAUAUACUCGAAACCCUCAUUCUGUAGCAUUGUUGUGGACUUGGGUGGAAAGAAUGGAGGUGUGGGGGGUACAACAUCGCCGCCACCACCUCCUCCGCAAGUGGUAACAUCGCAGACAUCGAAAUGUUGCAAUGCCAGCAAACCUGCGGCCGCCAAGGAAAAAUCGACACCUCAACCACAAAAUAAUGCUUGGAUCCCCCCGCCACAUCAACAAUUAUUUGGUCCACAUCUUGCCAAUACUGGGUAUUUCCCGAUGGGCGCGCCGCCCUCUAUGCCACCUACCUUGGAUGAUCGUGAUGCCCAUAUCUAUAUGAUGUGCACCACGAUCAAUGGUUCCAUUAAUCAUCAAAUUUCGGAUCUGUGUGAUAAUCUAAUAGCCAUGGGUCUAUUUGGUAUGACAAAUAGCGAACAUGAUGAUGAUAAUGUAGACGACGAUGACGGCCUCAUUGAAUUCGCCUAUGACGAUAAUGUGGACGAUUUGAAACAGAAUUUGAAUUUCUCAGAUGAUGAUGAUGAUGACGAAGAAGAUGAUGACGAUGAGGAGGAGGAGGAUGAUGAUGAUGAUGAGGAGGACGAAGAGUACGAUGACGACGACGACGACAAUGUCGAUUAUGUGACUGAUGAUGAGAAUGAAAUUGAAUUAAAUGACAACAAACAUGGCAAUUGUCCGUACGAUGAUGAUGGCGAAGAUGUUGUUGAUUUUAUCAAGACGACCCCCUGCCCAUUUCUAAAAGCACCAAAUAUUAUUUGUGAUAAAAAGAAGAAGGUACGCUUCAAUACCAAACCCGUGGUACAUGUUAUGCACACAUGGAACUAUGCUUAUCGUGCUGCCCGCAAAGGUAACUGGGAAAUGUAUGCCCGGGAUCGUGAGCGUUUUAAAAUGCGCAUUGAUCGCACGGCCCAUGUCUUAAAUCGCAUCCUGGAGCCAGAACAUCGUCAGAAAAUCUAUGAACAACGAUUUGUUGCCCCCGAGGUGGAAGUUAUGGCAUCACCGGGAAGGCCAGAUGAAAAAGAAGAAAUUCUUUUGCUUCCUCCCAAAAAGAAACAAGUCCAACAGCCACCGCCCAAUGCCAAUACCAAGGCGAAAAAGAGACAGCGUUGGAAGAAACGAAUGCGUCGAAGACCUAAAUUUUAAAAAAUCCAUGGCGACUGAAAUUGGAUGUGCUUUUCAAAAUUCAAAAUUUUUUAGUGCUUUGUAUUUUGACAUCCAAUACUACUGUCUCGUUGCCUAUGAAAGAGAGCCGACCAACAUUUGGUUAAAUAUAUUUCUGUACAUAAAACAACAACAAAAAAUAAGAAAAGAAGAAGUAAAUCACACACACUCAUACUUAUAUACACAAACGAAAAUUGAAUGGAAGAAAACCACUUUUUAUUUCUAUGAAUUACUCUACCCGAUUUAAUUGAUCGUUAAUUUUUUAUCUAUCGUUCUAGUUUAGUUUACUAUUAUUAUAAUAUUGGAAUUAGAAUAUCAUAUCUUAAUAAAAAAAUGAAAAAUAAGUCUAAA